AUGCGUACCUACGACGACUCUUUCUCCGGCGAGAAGAUCUACCCGGGCAAGGGCAAGCUGUAUGUCCGCGGCGACUCCAAGAUCUUCCGAUUCCAGAAUGGCAAGACCGAGAGCUUGUUCCUCCAGCGCAAGAACCCCCGCCGGAUCGCCUGGACUGUCCUCUUCCGAAGGCAGCACAAGAAGGGUAUCUCUGAGGAAGUCGCCAAGAAGCGUACCCGCCGCACUGUCAAGCACCAGCGUGCUAUCGUCGGUGCCUCCCUCGACGUGAUUAAGGAGCGCCGCUCCCAGCGCCCCGAGGCCCGUUCCGCCGCCCGCGCUGCCGCCAUCAAGGAGGGCAAGGAGAAGAGGGCCGCCGCCGAGUCAAAGAAGAAGGCCGAGAAGGCCAAGUCCGCCGCCGCCGGUGCACGAGGCAACGUAAACAAGGUCUCGAAGCAGGGUGCCAAGGGUGCCGCACCCAAGGUGCAGGCAAGGACUCGCUAA